UAUCGAUAUAGUGACGUUUUCUCGCGUCUACUAAAUAGCAUUGAUAGCGCAAGAGAAUGGCGUACGGGCUGUGCGGUUGUGCGGCGCGGGCGCAGCUCUUGGUUCUGUACGAGUAACAAAGCAAUGUCCUCAGUCUGCAAUAGUGGGCCGCGUAGUGCAGAUCUCCGCAUUCACUAAACUCAGUGCCCAUGACAACGAUAGCGUGACAGAAUUAUAGCCUUCAACGGAGUGAUUAUAUACUUAAAUACAUAAGUUCAUGUCAACAUAAACACCAUGGAAAUGCCAGAGCGAAACGCUGUGAAGCCCACAGUACAACAAGAUUUGAUACAGAAGGUUAUCGGUUCAUUUGGAAAAUAUCAUCUUUGGCUAUGUCUUCUAAUAUUCUUAACGAAGUUUCCAGUGGCUUUCCACCAAAUGGCCAUUUUGUUUUUGUCACCAAAAGUGUCAUAUAGCUGUAGCGGCUCCGAACUUAAUAACACCUGCCCAUGUUCGGAUCCAGUCUACGACACUUCAGUAUUCACAAGUACUAUCAUAUCAGAAUGGGACUUGAUCUGUGAUAGAAAAUGGUUAACCAGUUUUACGCAGACAUUAUUUCAAUUGGGAACAUUAUUGGGCAGUGUUUUCUUCGGAAUGGCGUCAGACAGGUUCGGAAGAAAAUCCCCUCUUCUAAUAGCUGUAGUGAUGCAAAUAGCGUGUGGAGUAGGAGCUGCGUUUGCUCCAGAUUACUGGACGUUUACCUUUUUAAGAUUUAUCGUCGGGAUGUCAGUGGGUGGAACUAUGGUCACUGGAUUCGUCAUCGUAAUGGAGUUUGUCGGAACACAGUACAGAGAUGUCAUCUCAGCUCUUUACCAAGUACCGUUUAAUUUGGGCCACAUGGCACUACCUCUCUUUGGCUACUUCUUCAGAGAUUAUACUGAUUUUCAAUUAUCAAUAUCUGCACCAGUAGUAAUCCUGCUAUCAUAUUUCUUUCUCGUACCUGAAACGCCAAGAUGGCUGAUAGCAGUGAAACGUACAGACGAGGCUAUCGAAGUAUUAGAACGAGUUGCUAAAGUAAACAAUCGCCCUACAGAUAACAUCAGAGCAGAUAUCGAGGCGUACCAGGCAUCUUUAGAGAAACACCAGCUGAGGAAAGGAAACUUCUUCGAUCUCUUUAGAACUCCGAACCUUAGAAAGAACAUUAUAGCCAUGGCAUUUAAUUGGUUGGCAUGUAGCUACUGUUUCUAUGGUGUUUCGCAGUACGUGGGUCAGCUAAGUGGCAACGUUUUCAUCAACGUAGCGUGCAGUGCAAGUGUCACUUUACUCGGCACGCUCUUAGCCAUACCAUUGAUGAAAGUUAUGGGAAGAAAAACGAUUGUAAUCACAUUCCAUAUAAUUUGUGCAGUCUGCUUGUUAAUAUUGGCAGUGAUACCAGAAGGCGUCGGCUCAGUUAUAAGUGCGAGUAUAGGGGUCGUUGCCAGUUUUAUUGUAUUUUUAGUUGUAUAUUUAUAUUGUACAGAGAUGUUUCCAACUGUUGUUCGGAACGCUGCUCUCGGUUUCUCCUCGAUGGCAGCUCGAAUUGGUUCUAUGGUAGCACCCUUUGUGAUAGGAAUGAGAGAUACCGCGUUGUGGAUGCCCCCAGUCGCGUUUGCUAUUCUCCCACUAUUAGCAGCCUUUGUUACUUUAUGUCUACCAGAGACUAAAGGGUGUGAGUUGACAACCACAAUAGAAGAAGGUGAAGCGUUUGGGAAAAAAACUAAACCUUUAAAGAGUUAAAUUAAUAUGCGAACAAAUAGAGCAAAGUAUUGUUUGUAAAUAGUUAAUGCGUAUUUGUGGAAAUUAUAAGAAUACAAUUUUGUAAAUAUAAUUGGAAAUGAACAGUCAGUUCCUCUGGUGACUGAACUCGUAUGUAGAAAAACAAUGAGUAUCUAAUAAGUUUUUAGUAAUUGAUGUUUGUGAAUUUAUGGCUCCUAUAGAAUAAGGAUAUUAAUUAAUAUUUAAAUUUCAUUUUCUGCUAUUAAUUUUGUACAUGGUAGAAAAUGUUUUAUACAAAGAUUCAAAUGGUUUUAGUAUAAGGAACUUCCCCUUUAAUGUAUACAUAUUCCAGUAAAUAUAUUUUUAAACAGUAAUCAUUUAUAUAGAAAACAUUCCGUGUUACAUAACAUAACAUAACCCAGAGGUACUUACCUCGAGAAAGCCUGGACCUAUAUUCAUGAUUUAUAAAAAAAGAAUUGUAGGGAUAGGUACAGAUAAAGUGAUGUGAACAAAUUCAUUUUGAGGUAGUAGGUACCAAUUUUUCUGCCACUGUCGAUCCCAAAUGAUUAUUUUAAUCCAACGAAAUAAUUCACACACGUACCCAGUACCAGGUACCUAUGUACAAAUGAUAGGUCCAUAUACAUAUAAUAGGUAUAUAUAUGCACAGACUACUCUUGUUUAAUAUUUUCUCAGGUACUUAGUAUCUAAGCACGGAAGUACCUACACUGUGAUACGACAUUCCAAUACAAUUUAUGUAAAUAUGAUCCAUUCAUUUUAAAUUAAGUCACCGCGAAUCUAAAGGAAAAGUAUAAGUUAUUUAUUGAUAUG